AUGGCAAUGUCAAGUGAAGGGAUCUGGAUGUGGGAUGCAGUUGAUUCUUCAUAUUUUGUCAAUCAUGCAUACAUAGUGAUGGCACUUGGCGAUAUGCUUGGCUCAGCCAAAUUAAAUGGGAUGGCAGGCCAUUCAGCAAUUUUUGGGGAUCAAUUUACCAUGGUCUGA